AUGCCAUUCAGGCCAACACUUGCGCGGAUCCAUGAGCUCCAGAUUCAAGCAUCUGCGCAGGAUGCAUUUAUUGCGAAGCUGAAGUUAGCAUCUGGAAUCGAACGAGAAAGGCUCCUAAGCUCGACCUCCAUCAUCGAAGGGCGUGUCAAGCUCCCUGAACCAAGUCCAUCUCAAAGCGGUGAACCGUUACAGCUCUCCUCAUCUUUGGAGUCCAAUCCUCCACGCACAACACUGUCUGGCGCAGAUUCAGGCGCGAACGAGACAACAGAGCGUACGCAUGAUUUAGAGGGUCUUGAUGACUCUUCGGGCGAUGACCUCGACAUCGGUCCGUUUCUAUCAAUGGAUGAAGCCGGAAAACCAAGCAGCUUUGGGCCGUCCUCGGCCUUGCACUAUUACCCUGCCAAUGGCUCCAGCUCUUCACACUCAACGCGGUCAUUAGCCAGAGAUCAUAUCAGAAAUGCGCUGAUCGCGGAAGCGGCCUUACAGCGUCAAAAUGAACGCCAGCUUGCACUGUGUCCCAACAUACAUGGUGUACCCACCGAGCUCGCCCUGCAUUUGCUCGAAUUGCACUGGAGCCGUCAGCACCAUACCCUGCUCUUGACAUAUCGUCCCGCAAUCACCCGGGAUCUGUUGCAAGGUGGACCGAACUGUUCGAGAUUUCUACUCUAUGCGCUGUGCGCGUGUGCAAGUAAAUUCUCGUCCAGAAUAGAGAUAAGAGAUGACCCGGGCGACGUCUCAACUGCGGGCCGUGCAUUCUUUCGUCGUUGCGAUGAGCUACUGGCGGAGGAUACACUCCUCAUACAUCCAACGGUACCUACAGUCAUUGGUCUCCUCUUGCUUGGCUCCAGUUACAAUGCAAAGGGCGAGACUUCGAAAGGCUGGCUGUAUACCGGCUAUGCCUUGCGCAUGAUCUACGACCUUGGCCUCCACCUUGAUCCGAAAGAGACCGUCGACUCACCAGAGCAAGUCGAAAUCAGGAGGAGGGUCUUUUGGGGUGCUUUCGUAUCCGACAAACUGCAAAGCUUAUACCUAGGACGCCCGGCUGCAAUCAACCUACGCGACUCUCACGUAUCGCGAGAUUUCUUGGACACCCUCGAAGAGCAGGAGCUGCAUGUACCGUAUAUCGAUCCUAAAUACCCAAAUCCACCAAAUCCUCAAUUUGCCACUCCGACUCCUGCGUACUCUGUCUCAACUUUCCAGCAACUAUGUUUACUAUCAAGAAUCAUGGCCAAAAUCAUCAAUACAUUUUAUGUCGUUGGUGCGUCACCACGCAACGGUCAAGCAAGGCUGCAAAUCGUUGACAAGGCUCUGCAAGCGUGGCGAACUCAACUGCCACCGAAGCUGGAAUUCGAAUCUCAACAGAUAGGGUCGACACUGGCAUCCUAUCCACCACCCAAUCUCAUGAAUGUGCAUGCGUUAUACCAUUCUCUCGUGGUCCUCCUUCACAGGCCUUUCGUCUCAGACGGACAUUUACGCUCCACCGCUACACCAGCUCUGUCCUGGGGACGGUGUACAUGCGCAGCACGAAGUAUAACAAACAUCGCCAUGGCAUGGAAAGAUGCAUAUUCAUUGCGGGGAGCGCCAUAUCUACUGAGUUAUGCCAUCUAUGUCGCUUGCACCAUUCACGUCAGGAAUUCGGCAGCCGAAGCGACCGGAAGUCAAUCGAAAGAACAUACAGGACUUCUUGCGGCAAGCUUAACAUGCCUUGAGCAGCUUUGCCUGGCGAAUCCUGGCGUGUCAAAGCCAAUGAACAUUAUUAGGAGAUUGAUGGAGGCCAGCAAAGUUCAGUUAGAGACUGAUACAACACUCUUCCCGAAUUAUUCUCCCGCCUCUUUUGAUUUCGAUACAAUCUACAGCAUGUUUCCGGACAGGAGUGCGACGAACUGGAACCCAAACAACCGGGAUGUCGCCUUCGACUCGAGUAUGCCACAUGACCCACUAUUUGGCUUGAUGGAUGAGUCUUUACUGUCGUUUCCCGAAGUGUCGGAGACAAUCUUCCACGACUCUGCAGGAUUUUGA